AUGGCAAAGUUUAUCUUAUGCGUGUUGUCCUUGUUCUGUGUUCUAGUUUUGGCUUCUGCUCAAAGUGCCACCGUGACGGCUACAUAUAAUUUAUACCAACCUGAGCAACAUAAUUGGGACUUACUCGUAGAAAGUGUAUUUUGUGCAACUUUUGAUGCAGACCAGCCCUUGUCAUGGCGUAGCAAAUAUGGUUGGACCGCCUUUUGUGGACCGGUUGGGCCGCAAGGUCCAGAUUCUUGCGGCCGUUGUUUGAAGGUGACAAACACUAGAACUGGAGAUGAGCAAAUAGCAAGGAUUAUUGACCAAUGCCACAAUGGAGGAUUAGACUUGGACGUUAGUGUGUUUCAGAGUCUUGACUCAGAUGGAAAUGGGAAUGAUCAGGGCCAUCUUAUUGUCAAUUAUGAUUUUGUGGAUUGUGGUGACUAA